AUGGGUAACUUCUUGCGUCAUGACAGUCACUCGGUCCACAUCGAGAAAAUGGUGGGUUAUUAUUCUUCGCUUUUUCAUGGUGAUCUCUGCGGGCCAUUUAUUAAUAUGAUGUUGUUUUCACUUUUCCUUAGACUACACUCGUAUUAGCAGGGCUUGGAGUCGCUGGAGCGGCGAUAGCAGGUUUGUUUUAUGGCAGAAAAGCAUCAAUAACUUGACAUAUGUGAUUUGAACGUGUUGCAUAAUUCCUGAUAGAGGACUUCUUUCGUAUUUCAGGCCGUUUUGCCAUGCAGGCGUUAAGAAAAGUUAACUUAAAUGAGAUACCUAAGAUUAUCCCUAAGAUACCGGUAAGUAGUGUUAAGAACAGAUGGGAAGUCCUUCAUGAUAAAGUUACGUGUUUGUUUAGUUCACGAAACCAGUAUUGCACUCAGUUGGCCCUUGUCAGCGAGAAUCUCAAUUUAUGUUUGAUUUCUUAACCUGGUGGUCAUUAAUAUGAGUAUCAAGUGAUGUUACUGUAUUAUUAAUUAGAAUUAUUUUAAAAAUACUGUAUAUUUAAUACAGUAUUUUUAAUGUCAAUUAAAAUUGGGGAGAAAAGCAUCAUGUGCCAAAGUAAUCACACUAAUUCUCCCUAGCUUUUCUACUUGUAAACUGUUGUAAGAAGAUUGUAUUUUCAUAUUUACAGUAAAACUCUAGGUUCCUUUUUUUCAAGGACCAAGUAACCCUUUCAUCAGACAGAUACCAAUGUUCACAAAAUUUACUACAUGAUGGAUAAUUGUUGUAAAACAAAAGGAAUGCAUUGGUGUAUAGUUAGAGGUGAAAAUUUUAGCUUGGUGAAAAAAAAAAAAAUGCCUGUGAUCUUAACUACUGAGGUUUCCACCAAUUGCAUUACAUAGCUUUCUUUAGAAAAUUCAAGGCAGUCAGGGAAUAUUCUACAGAAAACAACUUAAAACAGCUCAGACAGUUUUCAGUUUGAGUCCUCCACCCUUCCCCCUCACUCCCCUCUUUUCUUCCUUCCCUCUGAGGAACUAACUGGAAUAUGCUGAUGAUGUACUUUUGAGAUAAAUAUUUUCCACAUUUUAUAUAUUUCUUUACAAACAGGAGUUUAGUCAUUAUUACAGAGGAGGAUUUGAACCUAAAAUGACCAAAAGAGAAGCUGGUUUAGUUCUGGGAAUUAGGUACAAAAACAGUUCAGUUUGAUGUACAUUAAUUUCUAUGUUAUUUGUCAUGAAAUCAUAAAGGAUGAAUUGGCUGGCUGUCAAUGUAAUAAACAAAUUAUCAUUUCUAUGAUAAUACGGUGAGAAUAAAUUUAGAUUGGUUUUCCUUGUAAUCUUGCUUAAGGGAAGAAAUUAUAGAGGUGAACUUGCAAGACAGAGCGUAAUACAAGCACAAGAAGGUUGAAUUAUAUUUCAAUAGUAAUUUUAGGUGUCUAAGAAAUGUGAGUACAUUUAUCUCAUUCUGCAGUCCUUCAGCAAGCAAGGCCAAAGUCAGAGAGGCACAUAGAAGAAUAAUGUUGAUAAAUCACCCUGACAGAGGUAAAUUUAACAAUUGUAUUCUACUGAGGUGUAAUCAACCAAAAAUGCAAACAUUACUCUGUUGAAUUUGAGUAGAGGUGAGAUUUAAUGUCAAAGUUUGGCGUAUUAAAAACUCCCUUUGGUGGGGCAUCAUAUGAAACUAGGAAGGCAAGAAAAGUUUGCAAACUACUUUUUUUAAACUUGUGUGUAAAAUUUAACCAACAUAGACUUAAAAACUAAAUAUGUAUUCUUAAUCUAUCUUGCAGGAGGCUCCCCAUAUCUUGCUGCAAAAAUUAAUGAAGCAAAAGAUCUUCUUGAUGGAAAUGGCAAGUGAUAGCAACAGCCUCAUAUGAUAGAGUUAGAACUUUCAACUAGAGCUAGAAAAGAUGACCCGAGGACAGUGUUACAAAAAGUCUUCAAUCAAGACUUCAUGUAAUACUCCAAAUGACAGACUCUUGGAGACAACAACCAAAAGCAAAUAUAAAUUUGAAUAACUUUAACUUUGUCAAGAAUUCCUAAAGGGUCAACCUUGACCCGAGUCCCAACAGCAUUAUUAAACAUGCAGUUAAGAAUCUCACAGAGCACUUGACUGCAUUGCUUUGUCAAGAACCGAACUUCCAAGACAUAUUCUCCAUUAGAUAACAGAUACGGUAAUGCAGCAUGCCAAUUGUUAAUAAUUUUUUUGGAAAUUGAGAAUUUCAUAAAGGAGCAGUAAAACAGAGACGAUAAAAUACUGUCCAAAAUUACCCCUUUAGCAAAAUGAACACUGUAUUGUAAAUAAAGGUUUUAUUCAUAUAUCAUAUUUGCUGGUUAUAUUUUGUCCACACCUCUUUCCAACUUACUGUUCUCCUUGUUAAAUUCAUGAUUGUAAUUUUAUAGAUCAUCAUUACUUACCAAAAGUAUUAUCAUGAUAUUUAUUUCCAGCCCAGUUCAAAGUUAAAUUGUGCUUAAUAUUAUACGGGACCAUUUCCCCUCUGAUUUAUGAAAAUAAAUAGUCACUGAUAGAAAAUAGAUAACAAUUGAAUGCCACCAAUUUGUACAAGGAGUUUUUGGCAGUACAUACCACAUCAAAUUUAGAGUAGC